AUGGCGAUCGAAGAAUCUAAAAGCGUCUGCCGAAGCGAAUUGUUGCGUGGAUUGAUGGAGCCGCGAAAAGAGAAACGCAUAAUGUCUUCAUACAUUGCGCCACAUUCGCUAUCGAGUUCUAGAGGAGUGGUUUCGGGACUUGUUAGUAAAUUUGAAAAGAAGAAAACCGAUCGAGUACCACUUGCCGAAAUGGAAGAUAUUGAACCAGUGAUAGUUGAACAACAGAAGAAGAAAACGAGACGAAUGUAUUUUGGAGGAUCGUCUGGAAAGAAAUUUAUCAAUGACAUCCUAUCAAAAAAGGCUGAAAACGACGAAAAUCAAUAUGAAAACAAGAAAGGGCGAAGUGGAACUGUGGCCGCUGAGCCGGUGAAUAUGUCAUUUGCAUAUGAAGCGGAGCCCAAAUUCCGAUUGAAACGAACGCUGACUGAUUCAACGAAUAAUCAUUCUGCUUGGAAGUUCGUGGCUGUACUGGGUGGUCCGCUCAAAAAACGGCUGUCGGAAGGCGCGGCGACAAUUAUCGGCGCCGCAUUACAACGAAAUGAAGACAACGACGACGGGAAGCAAAAAAGUACACGGCGGCGGAUUAAGAGCCGUUCGAGUUGUUCGAUUGAUGCGAGCAGUGUGAAAGCCACUUCAUCAUCACCCGCUUCAUUUUUUAGCGCUCUUAUCAGAUUGUCGACAUCUUCAAAUUCACUAAACGCCGAGCAGUCCAUUAUUACGGCUCCAGUCGCCAAAACGCUGCAAGAGCCCAAAAAGCCGCAUUCAAAGACUACAAAUGUGGUCUUGAAUCAUCAUCCCAAGAGUAUUCCUAUUGAUGAAUUAUCCCACAAAUAUUCCCUCCGACCUUUGGAACCCCUGACUCCAGAUCGACCUCCGGUGAGUCCAUCGACGAGUCAUACUGAAUCGAUCGACUCUAAUAGCCCAUUGACAUCGCGUCGUCGACCGAUUACCGUGUCUGGAGGCGCACUGAUGCGAAGCGAGCGACGAUUCAUGUGCAACACGAUCGGUCGACGAAAUACGAUGAGUCGGACGAUGUCGCUGAUACCAGCCAGUUCACCACUCCCGCCGUUGUACGAGGAAGAAGCAUGUAGUACAAUGGCGACGGUUGAUGGAAAUGGCGAAACGACGAAGCGAAAAAUGAAACAAUAUGGUGGAAGUCAUACAACGAGCACCUAUCAAGGAAAAAAGGAUGUAGCACCAGAUGCAUCUCCGAGAAGACACCUCAUUGGAUUUCUGCAUCGGACGUCGCAUUUGUCGUUGACAUCGGAAUUAAGUGCGGAUGCUUCUUUCUAUUUAAUUGGUCAUCGACGAAACUUGGAAGAAUCAACGAUGGGUUCGGAAUCUGACGCGCGAGUGUUUUCUGAUGACGAUGAUAGGGGUUCCACUACUACGGACUUUACAUCCGUAUCACGACAACACGAAAAAAUGAAGAAAAAGAAAAAUCGCCGAAAUUUUCGGAAGCCAUCAAGAGCUUCGUCUUUUUCUAGUAUUACUGAGUCUUCUAUGAGCUUGGAUGUAAUCACUGUAACUUUAAAUAUGGACACGGUCAAUUUUUUGGGAAUAUCAAUUGUUGGGCAGACGUCGACAAGAGGCGACAACGGAAUUUAUGUUGCGAAUAUCAUGAAAGGAGGAGCGGUGGCAUUGGAUGGUCGAAUCGAAGCGGGAGAUAUGAUUUUGCAGGUCAAUGAUAUCUCCUUUGAGAACUUCACAAAUGAUCAAGCUGUAGACGUUUUACGAGAUGCUGUUAGUCGGCGGGGUCCGAUUAAGUUGACUGUUGCGAAAAGCUUUGAGAACGGACCACAAAGUUGCUUUACAAUCCCACGGAAUAGUCGAGAAGAACCUGUGAGGCCUAUAGAUACGCAAGCAUGGAUCCAGCACACGAAUGCAAUGCGAGGGAUGCCGAGUAUUAUGGAAGAAGCACCGACUCCUAUUCCUGGCGAAUGGCCUCAGGUGCGUCCACAGAGCAGUUCGACAGUCACUUCAAACGGAUCCAAUGGCCAAAAUACUGUAGUUGGUGGAUCGCAUAUUCACUUAGAUAUUCAUACGGAUAAGAAAAAGGUUGUUGAAAUUAUGGCAAUGCCAAACUCUGGUCUAGAUAUCAAAAAUAGGACCUGGCUUAAACUCCUUAUCCCAAUGUCAUUUUUGGGAUCUGAUCUUGUUGAAUGGCUUCUAGACCAUGUUGAAGGACUUCGAGAACGAAAAGAUGCAAGGAAGUAUGCGUCGGAACUCCUAAAACUUAAAUAUAUCGCCCAUGUGGUUGAUAAAAUAUCGUUUGCGGAGCAGUGCUAUUAUGUUCUUGGAGAAGAAUGCGCAGAUUUUGCUCGAUUCCGAAACGAAGAUGGAGGUCCGAAAUAUCAAUGGGCCGGUGUGAAUGGAAUGCCGGGAGCAGUUCUGCCAGGACAACCUCAACAACAGUUAUACGGAACAAAGGCGAUGGCGCCAUCAAUGGUGAGCGGAUAUGCUUCGAUGCCUGUUUCGCCGUAUCCGAUGCCGAUAAAGAGAGAAGAUCAACGAAGUCAAGGUAGUGGAAGUAGUGGAGCAAGUGCCAGAAUGUAA